AUAAAAGAUUAAGGAAGGAGAGAGAAGACAUUCACAUACCCCUGCGGAGAGGAGAGAGAAGCUCUCCCGGGGAAGAAGAAGAAGACGAAGCUCGGAGAGUUGUUGAUUUCGCCGGAAUCAUCAGAUUAAGGAUCGGUUCAGGAGGAAUCGAAAGGGGAAAUGUCAGACCUAGACCGGCAGAUAGAGCAGCUGAAGCGCUGCGAGCCGUUGAGCGAAUCGGAGGUGAAGUCUCUCUGCCUCAAAGCCAUGGAGAUCCUCGUUGAAGAGAGUAACGUUCAGAGAGUCGAUGCUCCCGUCACUCUAUGUGGUGAUAUCCAUGGGCAGUUCUAUGAUAUGAUGGAGCUUUUCAAAGUUGGAGGUGAUUGCCCUAAGACCAACUACUUGUUUCUUGGCGAUUUUGUUGAUCGUGGAUACUACUCUGUUGAGACGUUUCUGCUUCUACUCGCUCUCAAGGUAAACACUCUUGACGUUGUUUUAUACUUUGUACUAGGUCAUGUUUCUUUGAAUCACUUAAAUGGGUUGCUUUUGAUAUCCUCUCAGGUUAGAUAUCCAGACCGUAUAACUCUCAUCAGAGGAAACCACGAAAGCAGGCAAAUCACACAGGUUUAUGGAUUUUAUGAUGAGUGUUUGCGUAAAUACGGCUCUGUAAAUGUCUGGAGAUACUGCACUGACAUUUUUGACUACAUGAGUCUUUCAGCUGUUGUCGAGAACAAGAUAUUCUGUGUUCACGGCGGUCUCUCUCCAACUAUUAAUACUCUUGACCAGAUCAGGACAAUUGACCGGAAGCAAGAAGUGCCACAUGAUGGUGCCAUGUGUGACCUCCUAUGGUCUGAUCCUGAAGAUAUUGUCGAGGGAUGGGGAUUGAGUCCUCGUGGAGCUGGAUUUCUUUUUGGCGGCAGUGUUGUCACGACUUUUAACCACACAAACAACAUAGACUACAUAGGACGAGCCCAUCAACUAGUUAUGGAGGGUUACAAAUGGAUGUUCGAUAGCCAGAUUGUGACAGUGUGGUCAGCCCCAAAUUACUGUUAUAGAUGCGGUAAUAUCGCUUCGAUUCUAGAGCUGGACGAGAACCUAAACAAAGAGUUCCGUGUGUUCCAGGCAGCCCAGCAGGAUUCGAGAGGGCCUCCCGCCAAAAAACCUGCCCCUGACUACUUCCUAUAAUGUGACAACCCUACUCCCAGAGUAAAACCGAGGAAGAGAACCACAACUCGUUCAUGAGUUGUUUUUAUGUGAGGCAUUGCAAAAGAAGUCUAUACAAUACAAUUGUUUCAGGCGAGAUCUACUUAGGCCAUCGAACGGGGGUUGUUUGAAAAGAAGAUAUUAUUGAAAUAUAUUUCUCUUUGUAGUGGUUGUAGUUAAAAGAGUGUUCUUGUCAUAAUUCAAGCUUGUAUUUCCUUUGAAUAUAAAGACCUCAAAACGAUUUUGAAGCUCA